GUUAGAAUUAGCCAUACAGUGGAAUCGUUUGGACAUUGCUAAGGAUUUCAUUUUUGAGAGCAAAUCGGACAACUCAAAAGAGGAUCUCAUUUUCACUGAAGGUGAACUAAACGACAUGUUAGGGCUGGCUAUCCAGCACCAACAAACCAGCUUAUACGAUUUAUCAUGAAAGAUCGAGAAGCGAACAUAAAAACGUUCCUGACUGUGGAGCGGUUCGAGGCGAUCCUGCGGACCAACACUCCUGAAAAUACUUUGUUGUACUCUCUCCUUCAGAAGAAGUGUGCUAAUCCUGCUCACUGGAAAUUUGAGCACUUUGAGAUGGUGAUUCACGACAUAAGUGAGGGAGUCUUCAAAGUGCCCGGAAAAACAAAGCCAUCAGAAAACCUCCCUGAUUCCCUGAUCGACCCCUCAGUAAACAGCAUGCUACUAAAAGCAAUCAAACGAUGCGUCACAACCUGCACGAAAGGGUGUCAAUGCUCGUACAAGCUCCUUGAACAGCACGCCAAUGAAGCGGGAGCAAUACAACUAGAAGAGGGCACGACAGAGGAAACAGGAGGUAACGAGGACAUUACUUUUAGAGGCAUCCGAGACUAUGAUUUUGAGGAUCCGGCUAGUCUGCUGACUGUUUACAUGGUGAUGAUUCACAAGCAGGACAUGGCCAUGGUGUUUUGGGAGUGUUCACAGACCAGUCUCUUCCUUUGUCUCGUCUGUACGUGCAUACACAGGUGGAUGUGCGGGCAAAAGAGCGACUCGUUAUUCAUUACCGACUAUUUAAGUGACCGUUUACAAAAGUAUGCAGUUGACUUCGUCGAUAUAUCCAACAAAGUUUUAGAAGAGGUCGCACGCUACAAAACCGAACAUGUUAUUGCUCUGGUUAACUUUAAGUUUGAGAAAUGGGGUGGUAAGACCAUUCUGGAGAUGGCACAUUACGUAAACGCCAUCGAGAUCAUAGCUCACCCAACCAUACAAGACUACAUAGACUUGGAGUGGAAUGGUUGGUUGGACAGUGACAUAUCUACAUUCAGAACCAUAAUAUCACUGCCCUGCCCUCUUCUCGCUUCCUUCCGAAAUGUUACCCCGUUUGACAAGUGGAAAACGAAAAAUAUCAGGAAUGACGGGCAGAAAAGUAGAAACAGACUUCAGAAUUUUAUAGAGCGAGGGGAUCAUAGUCACAAUCCUGACCCUACAACGGAGAAAAACGAGAAGCUGGACCGACUGACCAAGUGUAGGUACUUCUACAAGGCACCUGUCGUGAAGUUCUGGAUUUAUACCAUCACCUACGCCGGCUUCCUGUUUUCCUAUGUUUGCGCUCUACUUUUGACGGAUCAAAACAAGUCAUGCUCUAAGAAAAACCAUUUUCGUCAGAUGUUCGGGUGUAAGCUGACCUUCUCCGAGCAGAUCACGUACACGUGGGUGUUUUGUUUGAUUCCUCUGGAGAUACGACAGAUACACUUCUCCUAUCCUACUACCUUUAUCGGGAAGUUAAAGAUGUAUUUUUCUAGUUUCUACAACAUCUGUGAUGCUCUCUGUAUAGGGACUAUCAUGCUGGCGCUCGCUUUCAAAUUGAUGGCUAGAAAAGGGGACGAUGAGGACAAUACUGAUAUGACGGUCGGAGAGAAUAUGUUUAGACUUUUGUUUGCAUUUGCGUUUAUUCUCUUUUGUCUGAAACUGUGUCAGGCUUUAGAAAAGAGCGAACAGAUCGGCCCCAAGGUGAUGAUGAUAACGAAGAUGUUGAAAGAUCUUAAAUUCUUCAUUUUCCUUAUAACCAUAUUCGUGAUAGGUUAUGGUGUUAGUACUACAUCCAUCAUAUACCCUCAUAAGUUCAAGAGUUUUACAUCCGACAUCGUGUUUGACAUCUUUUGGAGGCCCUAUCAAAACAUGUUUGGAGAGAUAGGUGAUACGACAUUGAUCAAAGUCAUGAACAAAGCCUAUUGUACAUUGCAGUUCAAUGAAACCUAUUGUGAAAAUGGCCCUUACGACUGCUUUAAGAAAGACAACAAAAUUUGUAUGUACAACGUUUACAUCGUUAAAACCCUCCUCGCUGCCUACAUGAUGUUGGCUGCAGUUCUCAUGCUCAACCUGAUGGUCGCUGUUUUCACUAGCACCUACGAGAACAUACAAGAGGACUACAAGUCUCACUGGAAGCGUCAGAAGUUUGACCUUAUGAUCGAGUACCGGAGCAGGUCACCUCUGCCUGUUCCUCUCAGUACGAUACUUCACUGCUGGAGGUUUGUAAAGCUAGUUUGCCGCUUCACGUUUGGUAGAUUUAACAGCUGUUGUCGAUCAAACGCUACUGAGAAGAUCCCAGCAAACGAUGUUCAUCAACGGCUGACAAUCACACUCCUUGAAAUUGAGUGCCGUCGGAACUACCUCGAAAAAAUGAAGGACCCAUCAAAGCAUGAACGGUUGAAGACUGAAAUAUCGAAACUAUCGGGUGAUGUGGAACAUAUUGAUAGGCGUCUUGAAGAUUUCGAGACCAAGAUGCAAAAAGUCAUCGAUAUCGCCCAGCCCCAGUAUGAAUACCCUGAUUCAGUUUUCCAACUCCAAGACACCACGAGCGUUUCCGAGCUCCCAACUUACAGUGGCUAUGGUUUGGACAGUGAAUCUACUGAUCAGAAUAUGAGUGUUAUCACGGAAGACGUCCCCACCGACUUCACUGAAUCAGCAGACAAAAGAAGGAGCUCUAAUAUAAGUUGCAAGUCUGCUCAGCAUCAUGUCUGCAGAUUGACAAAGAUGGGCAAAAAAUCUCGAAAAUUGAAAUACCCUGGUGAAAAGAAUGUCAGAAGAUCAAUGGUAAGGGAAGAGCACUGGGACUGGAGGAAACUUCUCCUGAGUUACGAGCCGUUAGAGCACACUGAUCCCAGUGUGCCCAGUGAACGGAAGCUGUCGGACAUCAAGUGGCACAGAAACGUGGAGGGGGAUGAGAGGAGGAGUUAUGAGGGACGUUACGAGAUCAGGAACCAGCUACCUCUCAUUCCUUGCGGACGAACUGGUUUGAGUGGUCGUGGGCAGUUUGAAAAGUUUGGACCUAACCACGCUGUAUUGCCGAUUAUUACCCGCUACACCAAGGAAGAUGACGGAGGUGAUCUGGUGGUGACUGAGAAGCCAGUCCUUGAAGUUUUACUAGAUUUCAGUCGGGGUGAAUCAUGGUUCCUUCCAGAGAUUAAGGGCGUUUAUGAUGAUCUGCUCCCAAAAGAGGUCCGUGAAUUACUGACAUCUGAAAACCACCUCUCCGGUAAAAUCAACCACGACAAACUUCUGAAGCGAAUAAACAAAAUCUUAAAAGUUGGGAUCUUAAUCCACAAAGGAUUCAUAGACAAUGAAUAUAACACAGAUAAUAGUUGGUCGGAAGGUAUCUUCGUCAGCUAUCAUGACGGAAACGACAACGCCUUCCGUUACAUUGACUUCCCUGAGGAGUCUCAGUACAGGUGGAGUAGAAUCAACAGCUGGAGAAACAUCAACAGCAUACACCGAGAGUAUGUUCAGAGAGCUUUCUACGCCAGAAACGGUUCCGACUGUUCGAGUGCUCAAUUUACGUAACUGCUCAUUCAACCAACCACGAACUUUCGUUAUAACCGAAGUCCGUUUUUGAUAUAAAUAUAAAUAUUAAAAACGGACCACUUUUAUGAGAAACAUAUUAUAUUAUGUUACUGGAACUUAUAAAUUAAGGAAUAUUAUUUCCCCCAUAUGUGAAUGCCUCUGUGUUUUACAUCACGAACAGGUUUAGUUACAGAGAACUUAUAUUUUGGCAAAGAAUUUAAUAAAUCAAAGAAUUUGAUUUUCAUCACAUACGAAGACUUCGUAUCAUGUUUAAAAAGGAACGCUAGUUAACGUUGCAAACCUAUUAUAGUGCAACCUGUCACGUAUUUGCAUAAUAGGUGACAAAAGAUCGCCCUUAAAGCAUCUGGUCACAUGCCAAAAUCUUAUUUCUCAUUGGUUGAGGAGUGCAGUUUACCACGUGACUAAAAUACGAAACUACACAAUUCUACAGACAAAUUAAUUGGAUUGUUUUAUGGUGAAUUUAAUGAAUUUAAUGACUUGUAAGGUUGCAGUAUUUUUAUAUUAAACCUUUUAGUGCGUUUCGUGUCGGUGAGACUAAGAAAUAUUAACUUUUCGGCUGUCGCCAUUUUGGACAGCUAAUUGUGUUUGGGAGACCGGGAAUAAUUUCUAAUAAGAUUUGUAUCGAUGAUUGAAAUAUGCAGAACAGUUUUCUUUUUCAAUUCAAGCUGGUUUUUAUUUAAUUUUAUUCGUUAACUUUUUAUACGUUAAGUUUUUGGUGUAAGUAGCGCACCUGCAUUUUGAUUUGAGCUUUUAAUUCAAAUUAUUGGACUUGUUAUUCAAAGGGUGUAAAGCAGCAUUUUUUUUGUGUUCGAUGUAAAAAUCUUAGAAUAUCGUUAGCUCAGUGAAUACAUGGCAUUUUAACUGUUUAACUUUAAUAUUUAUAUGGGCUGCUUUAAGGGCGAUUAUCUCGAAACUUUUUUAACAUUCGCCCUUUAAAAAAACCAUGACGAUAUUCCCUCUCCACCAUGAAAAUAGAACAGUUCAGAAUAGAAGCCUACUAGGAAGUAGGAGCCUUGACCACUAACAAACUGCCAAACUGUCCACUGGUGCAUGUUGUUAGCACCUGCCUUCCAGAUACGUAGCCAUCUUAUUUAAGAAAUAAUAUUCUAAACUUAUUCAACAAAAAGUAUUCGAUUGGAGUCCCUGAAGUUGUCCUUCAGAAUGGGAAUUAAUGUCAUCGACAAACUCAAAGUCUUCCUUACAGUUAUCAUUGUUGACGGUUUAUUGUUAAAAAAUAUUUGAUGUGUUUCCACAAACCCAUUUAACACUCAAAGUGAGCCGUGUAUAAUUUAUAAUAGUGAGCCUGUGAUUAUUUUCUUCAUUAGGCACACAUUUAUCAUGAAAAGUUGGCAACACCCGGUGUUCUAGUAAUGAUUACGAUGAUGCUGUUAUAGCGAUGUGUUAGUCUUACAUCAAUCCGUUA